GUACAGCAUACAAAACCUGCGCGCGAGCUGUGUGGGAGUUACUUCACUUCAGCCUUAGCAAAUUUUUCUUUGUGCAACCAACAAACCUGUUUUAGAUUUCCACUGUGUGUGAUAGUCUUAUCUUGUGUUCAUCAUGACACUAACCGACGUGCUACAAGCUUUUUCUACGGAUAGAUCUACUGCAGAAUUUAUGGAAAAGUGAGUUUUUGAUUAAGCUAUCGUCAGAGGCUUGUGUUACUAAGAGCAACCAGUCGCCGAUUGUUACUACGGACUACUGCGUUAGUUCGUUUGGAGCAAAUAUACAAAAACAUCGCGGGGCGAAAACUUAUCUGGUCUACCAUCGCAAUUAUUUGUUGAUUGAUGCAACGAGUAGAUGCAGACUUGUCUUAAAAUUAAAUAAAUGCACAUGGCAUUCAUAUAGGUAUCAUAGCAUAUGUGAAUGUGGUUUCUGAAAUGGAACAUAUUAGCAAGUGUUUUCACGUGUAAAUUUUAAAACUUUGUACUCUUUAUUAUUAACUUUAUUAGUUAUGCAAUGUGGCAUGGGCCUAAGUUGAAAUUAUUGUUAGGUGGAUAACUGCAUGCUAGUGGCACGCCCAUAUUCUUAGCGUAAACUUAAGAAUUUACUGAAAAUUUUAUUUUGCGAAUCUUUGAAAGAGGAAGUGGAUUCUUUGUAAUUUUUUAAUAUUAUUUUCCAUGUCAACGUGUUGAUGAUAGUUAUCUGAGAAGGAUUCCACGACACUGGAGUUAACGUUCAGGUGUACAUUUUUGCUACUUUCAGAUCCCCAGAAACCACCAUGUGCGAACUCGUGACAAGUGCCAUAACGCAGGCAGCACGCGAGGGCAGACUGACGCACGGUCUCGGUGACUGCGUCACAGUUUUAAGCAGGUAAGGCUGUUUAUCUAGGCAAAAUUCUUAUCUAAAUUUAUUCUGUAGUUAUGUCCUCCUGAGUGCGUUGCGCCAUUCCUCCCCUUGUCCAAGAAUGAAGGCCCCGCCCCAUUUACGUUUAAAGAAAACAGAACUGUGAGGUGUUGUCAACAUGGGCGGGGGAUUGCAAAAACAACUCCAUCAGUUCGCCUUUUUACAGUGCUGCACAGCAACAGUUCAAAUAAUUUAUUUAAAAUAAAUGCAUUGCUUUUUAGAAGGAAAAAAAUUCCAGUAUCUUAAAGUAAUAAAGCUAAAGAAAUGUCUCCUAGUUUUCCAAUUCUAGGUAUUUUUAGAUCAAUAAAGACAUUGAUGCAACACCAGCAUGUUUUUUUUCCUUCAAAGUUUAACUUAAGCCUCCUGAACUGAAUUUUUUUUUACACAUUUUGUUCAUGAAACAACUUGUUACAUUUCAGAAACCCCAGUGAUGUGGUCAUCUGCAUACUCCCUGUGGACACCAGCAGCAGCGAUGUCAAUCUCAACAUACAGAUGCUGCUCAUCGAGUCUGUCUGUGUGGAGUAUGACAUACUCAUUUUAAAGGUAAAUACAAUUUAUUUGGAUCUUGGAUUUUGGAAUUAAUUUCUUGGGGAUUUUUGUUGUUCUUCAUUUUAAUUAUGCGCUUAGUUCACUAGAAAUACCUGAGUAUAUUAACUAUUUUAUUAGAUUUGGUGAAUUCUAACAUUUAUAAACUAAAAUUGAUCGAGUCUAUGUGAGAAUUUCUAUGAAGAUUUUGAACAUUAUGAAUCAGCUAGGUUUGCUGUUUCGUGUGGACUAUGCUAUGCAAAUGUUGCUCUGUAGUAGCUGUUAUAAUAACAUUCCAUUUUCCUUACCUGUCAACAGCUGGACAUCAAUCAAAUUCAUUCAGGACUUAACUCUCCAAGUGACCUCGUCGAGGUCGCUGCCUUAGCCAAGGGUCAAAGAGAUGUCAAGACCUCAUCAGAGCUGGAUUGUUUUUUAAUACAGGUGAGCAUUAUAUUAAAUAGAAUAAUGAAAUAUUGAAGUUAUAGUUACAUUGAAAUAACUGAAACACCUAAAGAUAAGAUGAUGAUUUAAUUUUGCUUUUAAUUCAUGUUAUCAUUCAUCACAUUCAGCAAGCUAAUUAUUGAUUUUGUUGUUUUAUUUUCCCCCUAUCAGCACGGUGAUGACGGCCUGAGCUACAAUGACAAAAAACUUCUUCACAUGUUCCAGAACCUUUGGAACGAUGAAUUAUCUGCUGAGACUUUACCCGGUUGAUCGUCUUAACAUCAUGUUGAAACUACCAGAACCUAGCAGGUACGCACACCCUUGAUAACCUCUGACAUAGGUCUUUAAGUCCAUAUAGACAGAAGCCUUUAAACCUAGACAGAUUGUUUGAGAGACACCUUUAAUCUCAGGUAGUCACAAAGGUUUCAUCCAAGAUGGACAGAAGCCCUUAAGCUUGCAUACAUGCACACCUUGUAAUUGUAUAAAACAGCAUGGACAGAGAUAGUGUUCCCCUCUUGUCAGUCACAGGUUGUACAAUGUUUUGUUUUCAUGUCUUCUCCAGGAUAUCCCAAACUCCUGUAGUGUGAGGCAACUUGAGGUGCCCGUUGUCAGCAUCAUCCCUCCCAGGGGAGUCUUGCUCUGGGACAAUAGCCCAGUCGACCAGCUUACUUGAUACUGAUGCUCACACAACAUAAGUAAAAACAGAUGUGGACCCCUGCCUGACCCCUGCCUUGAGCCAUGAAACACAUUUGUUUUACCUCAGCAUCCACACUCUGCAGCAGGGGUCUAACCCAUGUCUGCAGCAGGGGUCUAACCCAUGCCAUCAUCUAAUUUUCCCGUUCAUCAUUAACAUAAUGAUGCGGCACGGUUUGACAAAGACAUCUGAGAGAUAAAUCAUGGUGGGAUAAUUCACUGUAUCUGGACAUUCAAGAGUCAUCACUACAUGCGUCUCACAGAAAAUUUCCAUCAUAUCCAGGAUUAUAAUGAAGACUUUAAAAAAAAAAAAUUUAACUGCAAUGCUUUGAACAGAGAGGUUGCCAUUGAAGGACUUGGAACGUUGCAGUUGCUUUGAACUUGUUACUAAAACAGAGAUUAAAUACUGUGACAGUGCUGAAACAAUCAUCUCAUCAAAACUAAAACAUUGAGCUGGAUUAUCUCUAUGUUGUUAUUUUCACAGACUUCAAGGUUUAAAUUUAUUCAUUAGAGUCUAUCUUUUAAAUAGUGAACUCUGUUAUAAUUCUGUGAAACAUUCUGUUGGGUUGUUGAUACUGAUCAGAUUUAGUAUGCAUAUUUUACUAUACAUUUUUUUUGGUGUUGUUGACUCAAGCAGGAUGCAUUAUGAUUUAUUUUUUUCCCCUCCAGAAACAUCAAGUUAUAAAAAUAUUGAUCAAUAGUGGCAUGUGGUAUUUGGGAGUAUAGCCAGGGUUUUAUCACUUCUGCUACAGCUGAAAUUUUGGGUGACCUCCUGAGUUUAUCAACUCUGAGACACCACCACCCCCCCUUCCACCCCCAUGAUUUAUUGCACAAUCAGGUCAUGUGACAGGCUUUGGAAGGUAGUGAACCAGAGCAAGUAGCUGGUGACCUAGAUAAGUGGAGGGUAUGGGGUAAGGGCUCUGCUCAUUUGCAUGGCUCUGGUGUAUUGCAGUAUACAGGCCAGACUGUUGAACAGUCAAUAAGUGUAACUAGGCUGAUAUGUUGUAUGGUACAGGAACAUUGUUACACUUAGAUAACUGUUGCUGUACAGGAACAUUGUUACACUUAGGUAACUGAUGUGGUAGAAGAACAAAGUUACACUUGCAUAAUAGGAUCUUUUCUUUUAGC